AUGGCGGCGGCGGCGUUGGAGCCCUGGCAGGCUGCGGCCCCGCGCAGGAAAAGGCGCUCGGCGGCGCGGCGUCCGCGAGGGAGGGAGGCGGCGGCGGGGGGCCUGGAGGCCGAACCAGAGACGGACGGCCGAGUCGUGCUUCGUCGCAUCCGGGAGGCCCGGGAGGACCUGCUUCUCUCUGAUUUCUGGAGUCUGGCCCUAGAAACCAUCAACGGCUGUCUGACGAAACAUCUGGAACAACUGAAGGCCCCAGUGGGGACUCUCUCGGAAGUCUUUGGAAACCUGCAUCUCGACUCCUCGCCAAAUGAGUCAGAUGCGGCCCCCGGCUGCCUCCCAGGAGAGACCCUGGUGCCAGGAACCUGCUGUCUGAAGUGUGUAUGCUAUGGCCUUGGGAACUUUGCCACCUGCGUCAUGGCUAGAAACCAGCUAACGUUUUUGCUUCUCUUCCUGGAAAAGUGCCAGAUUCCCAGAAGGCACUGCUGGGUGUAUGACCCUGUGUUUAGCCAACUAGAAAUUGCAGUUCUGAAUAGCCUUGGUGUGACUGUCCUCAGUGAGAACGAGGAGGGAAGACGCAGCGUGUGGGGCGAGCCCACCAUCUUUUACAUGCCCCACUGCGGGACGGCCCUGUACAACAACCUCCUGUGGAGCAACUGGUCGGUAGACGCCCUUUCCAAGAUGGUCGUCAUCGGAAACAGCUUCAGGGGCCUUGAGGAAAGGUUGCUGGCAAGGAUUCUGCAGAAAAAUUAUCCCUACGUCGCAAAGGUUUUGCAGGGACUGGAGGAGCUUGGGCUGCCGGAGACGCCACAGUACGCAGACGUAUUCAACGACACCUCCGUCCACUGGUUCCCUGUACAGAAGUUAGAACAGCUCCCCAUGGACACGUGGGCAUUUCGGGAAGAACCAGACUAUGGGGACUGUGAGGACCUUGAAAUCAUCAGGAACAAGACAAGAGGUCCUUCGGUUGCUGACCUGAAGUCACCAUGA